UUGAUAUCCAGAUGUCGAAUUGUCACUCAAUACGGAGAAUCAUGUGUUUUGAACAACACCUUUCAUAUCGACAUCGUCAAUAAAUCAGAAAAUCAAUACAAAAUUCAAAGUAAAAAUUUCCGAUCAAAUCAUGCCAGGAGAAAAGGGAAAACCUAAAGUAUCUUUGGAACCUUUUCUUCGGAAGAUGGCAAUAAGAGAUAAAGAUAUUGUUGAUACACAAAAAGUGUCUAAAUCCAAAAGGGAUAGUGGCAUUCCAUCUACAAGUCGAAAAAUCACCGAUGAAAAUUUAGAAAAUAGUACACUUAUAAUUAAAGAUGAAGAUAAGCCGACACAAUUAGUUUCAUCAAGUUUUCCCAAAUUUUAUAUCAACAGGUUGGUUCAAGUAGAAACCGAUUUCGAAGAACAUGAGAAAGGAAAAGCAACGAUCAGCUCGAUAACUUCGACAACAAUGAGUAUAAUAAGCGAGCCUUCCAUAAAAUCUAGCAUCAGCUCCAUCAAAUCCACGUUCAAGGGUUUGCUCAGAACAGAAGAAAGCCCUUCGUUUUACCAGAAGAUGCUAAUACCGUUCAGUGGGUUCACCGAUGCAGAUGUGAAGGAGAUCAGAGGGGCGGAAUCAUCAACGGUAAACAUGCCAAGAACUACGUCUCAAUAUGCUGCAACGAGCUCUAAUGUGAAUGAUCCACGUCCUGUUUUAAAGAGAUACCAAUCCGAGAAGAGAAAAACCAGCUAUGAGAGAUAUGUGCAGGAGACCUUGGAAAACUUCCUGCAAACAAGGAAUAACACGGAGGAUUCGAGCUAUAAUACAGUUCUAGCAGUGAAGAUGAUGGUAAAUGCUUCAAAGGAUGAGAAAAUUAGUAACUUCAUAAACGACGAUCACACGGAGAUUAUGUCCAAGGAUACCAUCGCUGUGAAUAGCGAACUUCUGACCGCUCGCCUGGAUAGGAUAAUUAAUCCUCCAAGCCUCGAAAACUCACUCACCCAUAACACUCAGGAUGCAACCGAAAGUGAUAUACACUCCUCAUUUACGGAAACUGAAUGCUCGCAACAAAAACUCCAACUGAUGAGCAUAAGGAAACAACUAGAGCAAAUCGACAAGCAGUUGAUCAAAGUGAGAGAGGAAUAUGAUUCGGCUGAAAAAAAUUACUUUGAAGCUAAACUGAAUUUGCACCGAAUGAUUUCGAAGAGAGAAAAGUUGUUGGCUCAGCUGGAUAAACUGGAUGUGGAACUCAAGUGCGGACAAAAAAACCAGGAAUUUUCUUCGGCGUAGAUCAAAUUUUAUUAAGAAAAAUUAGUCAUUGGUACAAAGGUAUAUACAAUGGAAUUCUCAAGGAAAUAUGACCAACAUUCAAUAAAUUAUAAAAUAUAUACAUAUUUAAAAUGGUAAAAAUUAUAUGGCAGUCAAAAAUACAACUUACAACAACUUCUUCCGA